GCUCACAACACACUUUAACACAAAAUUUAUUUAUACAUAAUUGAAUAUAUUCAACGAUUUUACUUUGUUUUGUUCUCGUUUUGCCUUUGUUUUCUACGCAGCUGUUUUGUGAAUUUUUGAAAUUUACGAAUUUAAUUUAUCACGCAGUUAAUUUAAAUAAUUUCUGAUUAAAACAGUAGCACAGAUAUCCAACCAUAUGGUAUAUUGCCUUGUAGUGUUAAAGUAUUAAUUGUAAAAGCUUCAAAUAAAAACUGACAAACAAAAUGAUUUUGAAAGUUCCUUCAAAUGAUUGGUCCGACCAAUUUGAAUAUGUAGUGGAGGAGGAUGAUUCGCUAUCAGAUUUAGAAGAUGAACAAGAUUUCUCUGAGUAUCUAUGGAUGGAGAAUGAAGAAGAGUUCGAUAAGAAUGAAUUAAAACGUCUCGAAGAAGAGGACAUUAUGAAAGAGUGCAUUGAAGCAAUGCUGGAGGACGAACUUGAAGCGGAAUUGGCUGAAUGGCAAAAAGCAAAAACCGAAGAAUUAAAUGCAGCAUUAUCCUCGCUAGCUGUGAGCGAAUGCAAUGUUGAACAUUCCAUUCUGAAUCCACUGGCCGCUGAGUUUGUACCGCAAAAGCAUAUAAUUGGACUGGGUACAUCAUAAACUUUAUAUUGACUAACGCCCCUAACAGGAAUAUAACGCAACACACGACGAUCAAAUCAAAUCACCAACGGAACGCAUCAACAACAAUACUAUAUGAAAUUGUACGUAAUGACCCGAAUAACACACACAAACUCAAACCAAAACAAAAAGUAAACAAAAAAAUUCAAAUACUCUUACUGAAGUAUAAUUAAAGUAUACAAAAACAAAACAAAAAAAAAAA